CCCUGUUUGAUGCAAUCUGCAAGCCAUACUAGGGCCACAUUGGCUCAUGUCUGUUUCAGACGACCGCUUCGCCCUAGUGCACAUUUGCUUAGAGUGGUUGUUGGUUGGUUGUAUGGAUGUGUUGAGGGCGCCGCACCCAGGUCAUAAUGCAAUACCAACCUUCAACCGUCUCCCUGUUCUCUUCUCAGUUACUUAGAUUCUUGGCACUGAACCUAUUAGGUGUUGCAUAACUUCCAUUUGGUCUUUCCUUCCCUUCCCCCAUUCCCUUUCAAAUUUCUAGCACGCAGUUCACCGGCUGUUGUACUAAAGCCGUCCCUAUCCACGAUUAUUGAACCAGUCGUUCAAUAAUUGAACCUAUAAAACUCUCCUCUGUCCCUUUGUAAUUCCUCAUGCUCCCUAAUCCCCAAGUAGCUUCAAAUUGCGACUAAACAUGUCGUAGUCGACAAUUCAAGCCGUUAUAAAAAUUCAGUCUGCUGUUCUCAAGUCGUCCUAUGCACACCUUUCCAUUCGUCCACAACAGUCGUUCCUUCGUCAUCAAACAAUUGACACGGUCGAGCUCAAACCUCACUCUUUAGCCACUGCAACGUCAUCACAGGACAAUGGUUCUCAUAACGCAAAUUCUCGGCGUGGCUGCCAUCACCUUCUCCACUACUGCUGCCCAGACUUUCCCCAAUCAUGCCCGUAUCCACGCGCGAAGCCAUGGCCAGCUACAGCAGAGGGGCGCACCUCCAAUGACCUGCGCAUGUUCUACUGAUGGCAUUGUGACAUCUACUACGCCGGCUGUCUCAGUUAUAACGGUAAUUGAGACAGAGACACAGAAUGCACCCUCGGAGCCAACGUCGACAGUCUUUGUCACGAUUUCGCCAUCGGGUUCAGUAAGCACUGUAACUCGUUAUAUAUCAGACGGAACCACUAUCCCGGCCGAGACUAUCACCAUCAUUGAGAGGGAGGACAUCUUUACCGUGCAGCCUUCCAUUAUCACUGUCACUGCGACUCAGUCACCACCAGGCAACAACUACCAUGUCAUUACCGUCACGGCAACUCAGGAUGUUCAACCCACAGUCACGCAGGCGUCCAGUCAGACCGACGGUGAUCUAGGUGUCCCAACGGAUAGCUCUACUCCCGUGGGGACACCUGAGACGUUGAGCAGCCCUCCAACCACGGCAUCACCUACCGUUCCUGGAAACUACCACUACUGUCAUAGCCGCACAUGCUACAACACCCGCGGCGAUGUCGUCACGACCUUGGCCCCCAUGACCACUGACGCCCUGGGCUGCAGUGCUGAUGCUGUCUCUGUUGUGAUGGAGACUGUGUACAACACCGUCACCCAGACCGUUUAUGGUCUACCUACUGGAGGUGCUGGUAAUUCAACUGGCCCUGGCUCGGGGUCUGACACCAACUCGACGGUCACAUUGAUGCCUCGUGGGGCACGUGUUCCGAGUGGCAUUUUUGGGAAGCUAAGAGGUUACUACCACUAAGCUGAAAGACGGGGUUUGGGUAGGAUCGGCAGGGUCUAUCUUAUUUCUUAAUUAUGUUGAACACUAUCUCGUCAGUGUUAUUAGUUCCUUUCGAUAUGGAGCUUGUGACACCCGUCAUCUCUUCUUUUAUCCUAUUUUCAUUUUCCCGCAUUUCUCAAUCACAUCUGCUUAGAUAGAUGAGACACUUAAUAUUUGAACCCUUGUGCUCUCAUUGCGAAAGCUUCUUCUCCAG